AUGGAAGAAACAAGAUCUGCAUGGUUCACUGUCCAAGGAAUCCCUGUAUCUGGAGUGUUCCUGGAGACACAUCCCCGGAGGGACCAGGUGGUUGAAGGGGAGACGCUGGUCCUUGUCUGCUCUGUGGCCAAAGGCACCGGGAAAACCACGUUUUCUUGGCACAGAGAGGACACGAGUGAGAUUCUGGGGCGGAAAAGUCAGCGCUCCCAGACAGCCGAGCUGGAGAUCCCCGUUAUCUGGGAGAGCCACGCCGGGCGCUACUACUGCACAGCUGACAACGGCUACGGCCUCAUCCAGAGCGAGGCAGUGAACGUCACUGUGAAAACCGUGGUGGCAGCGGUAGCAGUGACAACAGGGGCAGAAGAGCCGAAGGACGAUGACAAGGGGAGACAGGAAGCAGGCUCUGAGGCCCGGUCAGACGCAGGGUCUCCAGAACUCCUCCCCGGAAGCUGGCAAAGCUCCACAGGGAACCGUCUCUGCAGUGUUAGCUCAGAAGGUGCGAUAGUGGGGAAGAAACCCCAGGGCUUGAGAGAUGUUCCCCUGGGGAGCACCUCGGCGCCUUCUGGAGGAGGAGCUUCCUUCAUCCGCUCUGUGACCGCAAGGCAUUGUGGGAGCUUUGCUUGCGAGGCCGACAACGGCCUGGGGGCCCAGCGCCGGGAAGUGGCGGUAGUCCACGUCGCAGAAUUUCCACCUAAAAUACGCUUGAUGAAUUGUCCCCACCGUUGUGAAGGGCGAGUGGAGGUGGAAAAGGAAGGUUGCUGGGACACCAUGUGUGAUGACGGCUGGGACAUGAAGGAUGUAGCCGUGGGGUUCUGGGAGCUGGGCUGUGGGGCAGCCGAGCACACACCUGCAGGCACGUUGUAUCUGCCAGUUGCAGAGGAGAACCAGCCUGUAUUUAUUCAGGGAGCCCUGUGCAAUGGGACAGAAGCAGCACUGGCUGAAUGUGAGCAGCUUGAGACCUUUGUGGGCACGAUAAGGAUGCAGGCGCAGUGUGCGAAGGUAGGUGAUGGCGGGGCCUGCUGA